AUGACGCUUCCGGAGUUUUUUGGUUGUUCCUUCAUCGCAUUUGGAACUCCCUUUGCGAUGUUUGUUUUCACAAUAGCGAAUGAUUCGAUUCGCAUAAUUAUUCUUAUUGCAGCAGCCUUCUUUUGGUUAUUAUCGCUAUUGUCAUCAGCCUUGCUCUGGUUCGCUAUUGUCCCAUUACGCGAAUACUUAUGGUUUGGUGUAAUAUUUUCGGUACUGUUUCAAGAGGGCUUUCGUUACAUUAUUUAUCGUAUACUGCGACGAACGGAGCAAGGUCUUCAGGCCGUAUCUGAGAAUCCAAGCAUAAUAGAAAACAAACAUAUUCUAGCAUAUGUUUCCGGACUUGGAUUUGGUAUAAUAUCCGGUAUGUUUUCAAUGGUUAAUCUUCUAGCAGAUAUGUCGGGGCCAGCUACCAUGGGACUUAAAGGAGGCUCGGAGGUGUUCCUAAUAACUUCGUCGACACAAGCACUUGCUAUGAUAUUGUUACACACUUUUUGGAGUAUUAUAUUUUUUAAUGGUUUCGACGUUAAUAAUUAUAUGCACAUAGCUUACGUGGUUGGAACACAUCUCUUUGUUUCGCUGAUUACAUUACUGAAUGUACAUGAGAUGUAUUUAGCCACGUUAUUACCCAACUACAUUAUUCUCUUAGCGACUGCGGCUUUGGCAUUUAAGGUAGCCGGAGGCAGCAAAACUUCGUUUCUACGUUUUGUUAAGUGCCAAUGAGACCAAAACUUAUGUAUAUAUACAUACUUACAAUACCGAAAUAUUUGAACACCUCUGGUAUUAACUAAAUAAAAUCAAUCAAUUAAUUUUUAAUGUAUUAAUAUAACAUUAGUUAAGACUACGUAACUAACAAACUAAUAUUAUAAGUAAUUCAACUCAUUUAUAUUUAAAUUUAUUUCAUGUGAAUAACCAUGAUAGAAAGUAUAAUAAAAAGCCAUUACAAGAAUAGAUCCACAUUCUGCU